UCCCAGCCUGCGCUCCCAUUCGGAGGUCGCAGUGCCCCCGGCGCGGCCCCUUUAAGGGCUGUUCCAGGCUCCGCCGCCCCGCCCCCCGCUCCGCAGUCCCUUUAAACCCGCUCCCGCUUCCCAUCGUCCCAUUGAGCUGCCGCCACCCCGCCCCCUCCCUCCUUCCCGUGAAGCGCCGCCGCCGCCGCGCACCAUGGCCGAGUCCGCCAAGGGAGUGAGCGCCGGUGUCAUCGCCAAGAACGUCCAGAAGAAAAUCAACCGGGCGCAGGAGAAGGUCCUCCAAAAACUGGGCAAGGCUGAUGAAACGAAAGAUGAGCACUUUGAGCAAUGUGUGCAAAACUUCAAUAGACAGCUGACUGAAGGAACUAAACUGCAGAAGGAUCUGCGAGCAUACCUGGCUGCUGUGAAAGCUAUGCAUGAAGCCACCAAGAAGUUGUCUGAAUUGCUGGAGGAAAUUUACGAGCCAGACUGGGUUGGCAGAGAAGUUGUUCAUUCUAUUUCAGAGAGUGGUGACCUUCUCUGGACUGAUUAUCAUCAGAAGCUGGUGGAUCAAGCUCUCCUGACGCUAGACACUUACCUUGGCCAAUUUCCAGAUAUCAAAACUCGUAUAGCAAAGCGUGGGAGGAAGCUUGUUGAUUACGAUAGUGCAAGACAUCAUUUUGAAUCUCUCCAAGGUGCAAAGAAGAAAGAUGAUGGAAAAAUAGCCAAGCCUGUUUCGUUGCUCGAGAAAGCUGCGCCUCAGUGGUGUCAGGGAAAACUGGUGGCACAUAUCGUCGCCCAGUCAAAUCUGCUCCGAAACCAGGCAGAAGAAGAAUUUUUAAAAGCCCAGAAAGUAUUCGAGGAAAUUAACAUUGACUUGCAGGAAGAGUUGCCAUCACUAUGGAACAGUCGUGUUGGUUUUUAUGUGAACACAUUCCAAAGUAUAGCUGCUCUGGAAGAGACGUUUCAUAAAGAAAUGGGCAAGCUAAACCAAAAUCUCAGCAAUACCAUGAAUCAGCUGGAACAACAACACAUAAACAAAGCUUUGUCUGUCAAGGGUGCACCCAGUACACCUGCACACCCAGAAGUUUGUAAUGCAUCACCACCAUUGGAAGAGUCUCCUCCUGGUAGUCCCACAGUAAAGAAUGACAACCAUGUACCUGUUGCUGUUUCGCCCACACCACACGCUCCUCCACCUAUACCAAAGUCACCAUCCCAGCAAAAAAGAGGCCCUCCAGUGCCCCCACCACCAAAGGUCACACCAUCCAAGGACAUCAAGCAAGAAAAUAUCCUCAAUCUGUUUGAUGACAAUUUCAUCCCAGAGAUAAGUGUGACUACACCUUCGCAGUUUGAGGCUCCUGGGCCUCUGCAGGAUGAAGGAAGCCUAUUGGACUUUGACCCUCUGAAGCCAGAAUCUAAUACAGUAGUGAGAGCGGCUUCUCCAGUCUCACAGACUUUACCUUGGGAUUUGUGGGAGCCUGAAGGGAAUGCACCUAACAGCAUGUCUAUGGACCACUCUCCAAACUUGGCUAUUGGGGAUGGUUUUAGUCAGAGCACUUUUGCAGUGGACUGGUCAGCCCAGCCCAUUCUGCUUGAAGAGAAGGGAACUGUUGCUGCUGAAACAGUGGAAGAAGCGAAUGUCAACAGUGAAGUUGCAGAGAAAGGAGCGGAAAUCAGCGCUGGAUCUGUUGCUUUGGAGGUAGAAGCUGAACCAAAGAAUGAAGUUGUGGAAAAUGAAACUGAAGCUCAAACUGCAACGACUAUCAUCCCAAAUGUGGUAAUAGAGACUUCAGCAGAGUCUACCAAUGGUGCUCUGUAUGACACCGUCCCUGCAGAGGAGAGUGAACUGCCACCAGGAUUUCAGUUUAAGGUUCGGGCUCUGCACGAUUAUAGUGCAACAGACACUGAUGAAUUAAACCUCAAAACGGGUGAUGUUGUGUUAGUUGUAACCUAUGAAAACCCAGAAGAACAGUGUUUUGACAGCUGGGAAGAUCUGGCAUCUAGGGCCCAAAUUUAUACUUCAACCAAUAUCAUUUUCUUCACAUGGUUCUGAUCAUUACAUGGAUGAGGGCUGGUUAAUGGGCAUAAAGGAACUUGACUGGAUCCAGAAGAAAGAUCUGAAGUCCUCGACGCGAGUCUUCCCAGAAAACUUUACUGAAAGAAUUCAGUAGUCGGAUUGUAUAUGGGAGGCCAGUGAGUGGAGGAAGCCCUGUGGAAAUCCUGCAGCAGAGCAAUUACUUUCCCUAAACUCCCUCAAGGAAUGCAGAAGUUGCCAUUGUAAACAUAAUGUUAAAUGUUUACUGAUUCUGGUUAUGGUGCAUUUGCCAGUUCAUGUGCUCAUGAGCAUAUCGGUCCCAGGAGUGACCACGUCUCGUAAUUAAACUGGCAACUUGCUCUUGUCUCCCAUUGUUGCAUGAAAUUCUAUUGUGAUCAUUUGAGUGUAAAAGAGAGUCAAAUAUAUCCAAGCUAUUAUGGGAUGUUUAAGUUAAAGCUGAAAAAACUCCAAUGUUUGUAAAAUAGCAGUUUUUUAGGGGUUUUUGAGGUGGUGACUGGUUUGGAUUGCAUUUUCCUUUUGGGCAAUCAUAUCUGACCUAUAGGAAACUCAGUUUAAUACUGGAACAAACCAUUUCAGGAUGGGUUUGGUUGAUGUUGGGAGGGGAAGAACCAAACUGCAUGGUUACUUGGGCUGCACAGGAUUUCCUCUCUGUAGUCCUACCCUCCAUUGUUGUAGUGAAGCAGCUGAUUCUGAGGAAGGGAUGCUGUUUUUCCAGUGGCUUCAUUAUCUUUAGUCCUUUGGAAGAAGCAGUGAGUUUAUAAGUUGAUUGGUAAAUGUAAAGGAUGGAUGCCUGUACCCGAGAACUGGAAGCAUCAAGGUCUCCAUCUAUAGCGGUGGGGGAUAUGGUGGGGUGGAGUAUUGAAAUCCCAGUUUCUCCUUUACCUCUUCUGUUGUUACUUUUUUUUUGCAGAUGUCUUCCAUUUGCAGACUCCAGAGCAUAUUCUUACUGUGAGAUUUAUGGCACUUCACUCCUGCUCAGUCCCACUCACCCAAAUCACAAUCAACAUCCUCAGAUUAAUGAACACAUUUCAUGCUUGCUUUAAUACAGCUGCAGUUUGAUCUGAUACCUGGCACACAAACAUAAUUACUGUUCAAUGAUUUGCAAUCCUUGUAUUCAAAUUUACAUCUCUGUUCAGAUUUUAUUCUUCAACCUUUUACUUCCUCCCCCAGUACCAAAACACUUCCACUGAUGUAUCUCCCUAGAGAUUCUUUCUCUAAGUGGUCAUUAACAUGUAUGCAUUACUAUGUAUUUUCAUCCACAAUCAGAGGCCAAUCAGCCCAUUUAAGUCUAUGCCAGCUCUGAACAAUCAUUUCCUCACUAGUUUCUCUGGAACUUGUUCUUUCAUUCAUAACCAUUAAUGACCUGAUUGUCUUUUUUUCUUCCCCCCCCCACCCCCCUUACAAUUUGCAUAAUCUGAUUAACCUAACAGCCAGCAUGUCUUUGGAGGAAACCCAUGGGGACAAUAUGAAGACUCCACAUAGCACCCAAGAUCAAGAUCGAACCUAGAUGGAGAGCUGAGGGGGGCAGUUGUGCCACCAGGAGAGACUGUUUGACUGUGCUAAGGGGGUGGGGGACACCAAGCCAAUCCCAUCCUACUCUGGAAUUCCUGUCUGCACUCCUGUCCCAUCCUAGACAAAUGUCAGCUGCUCUUUUCAGCCCCAUAUGUAUUCUGUGAAAUGCAGACCUGCUUGAUCAUUGCAAAUAGUCUGAGUUAAGAUGUUGAUCAUCUUUUAGUUUUUUAAAGCUGCCCUAUAGCCUCUUCAGGUUGGUGGUCAACCAUGUGGAUCCCUUGAUUAAGCAGUAUUUUAAUUACUAAAUUAUGCAACCAUUUAUUAUUCUCAAGUUGUACAAUAGAUGGUUCUGUUUAAUCCAACUAGCCACGUGUAUAGUUGUGUAUUUGUUUAAUGUGAGCCAUUGCUGCCAUCUGUAUGUAUAUAUAAAAAGUUCUCCAAUGUUCUGAAUAUUUUGAAAGUUGUUUCAGUAUUCAUUUCAUCUAUCUAUGAAUGGUAAAGACCUUGAUGCCAUUGGUGACAUGUUUCAUGGUGCCCUCUGGUAUCUAAUAUUUUGAAUAUUUUACUUGGUUGCAAGCAGUCAAUGUUUGAUUCUGUGUGGCAUCUCAGAACCCUGAAAUGACUGGCAGUGCUGUCUGUUGUGCAUUUUUGAAACACUGUUCAUUGGUCAACCACAAAGUAAUAAAAUUGGUCCUCUG